AAUACAUAUUACAUCCUGGCUCUGCCUGCAAGGGGACUCGGGAGACUGGAUUUUUCUUAUCGUCGGACUCGAAUCGUUGAUGAAUGGCGAAGAUGUCUGGACUGUGUCAUCUGAGCUCCAGAAUCCAAAGGAAUGGCACCCAUCCUGCCCAUGUCUUCCUUGACCUUUUCGGCACCCUGAUUUAUCCUGCAUUGCCCAUUCACAUACGAUAUAAUCAGAUUGCUCACGCUAACGGCUUCGGUGAUUUCAAGUUGAGUGCGAAGAAUUUCAAAACAGCUUUCAAGAAGACAAACAAGGAAUUCCCAAACUACGGUAAAAAUGCUUGGGUUACUGAUAACCAGGAAAAACAUGUGAGGAUGUUGCCAAAAGACUGGUGGUUGAAAGUGGUCAAGGGCACUUUUGAAGACUCUUUGAAUGCUCAAGAAAGUCUUCCCAGGCCAAAACUUAGCGAAAUCGAAAAAAUCUCAGAACUCAUUUAUGAAGAGUUCCUGACGAAUGAGGACGAGAAGAUAUACAAGAACUACGAGGAUACUUUGGAUUUCAUAAAUUAUCUGACAACAGAGAAAAUCGGCUUUAGUAUCCUGACCAAUUCAGAUCCUAAGAUUCUGAACGCUUUGCCGCCAAGUUUGAAGGAAUUGUUAUUUUCGAAAGAUCAGAUAAAUUCACAGUUCCAAGCGUUUACUAGCUGGGAUAUUGGUUUCUCAAAACCUGAUCAAAGAAUCUGGGAUUCCGCAAUUUCUCAACUGAAUUUAAACAAAUCUAAGGAUCGUUUGAUACACGUAGGAGAUGACUUUCAAGAGGAUUUCUUGGGUGCCAAAUCCGCUGGUAUAGGUUCGAUAUGGCUAGAUAGACAAGACAACCAUCAGAAAAUUUCAAAACCUAUCAACAACGAGAUCGCAAAUCAUCAAUUCAAAGCACAUGAACGAAUUCAUUCUCUAAAUGAGCUGAUUGGUUUUCUUUAAACUGUUACAAUCAUUUACAGCAUGGUAUUUGUAGUAAAUGUGCAAGUUAGAGGUUCUUUGUAGGAUCUUCGGGCUAAUUGGUACAAUAAUUUGAAUUUUCAAAUGGAUCAUCUACAAGUCAAGAGUUGGUGGUUUACACUGAAGGAGAGAGAUAAAACAGUACGCAGGAAUAGUCAAUAUUUAUCCCCUAGUGAGCUGACAGUAAAGAGAGAGAUAAAAUCGAUUUUUUUUUUGGUCAAAUAAACAUGAA